AUGCUAGGGCUGACGUAUAAUACCACAGUGGAACCCCCUGCCACUUUCUUGCUUGUGGGCAUUCCAGGUUUGCAGUCUUCAUAUCUUUGGCUGGCUAUCUCCCUGAGUGCCAUGUACAUGAUAUCAUUGUUGGGAAACAGCCUUAUCAUGACUGUAAUCUGCAUGGAUUCUACUCUCCAAGAGCCCAUGUAUUGCUUCCUGUGUGUUUUGGCUGCUGUGGACAUUAUUAUGGCCUCCUCUGUGGUACCCAAGAUGGUGAGCAUCUUCUGCUCAGGAGACAGCUCCAUCAGCUUUAAUGCAUGCUUUACUCAGAUGUAUUUUGUCCAUGCAACAACAGCUGUGGAGACAGGGAUGCUGCUGGCUAUGGCUUUUGACCGCUAUGUGGCCAUCUGCAAGCCCCUACACUAUAACAGAAUUCUCACACCUCGAGUUAUGUUGGGAAUGUGUGUGACCAUUGUAUUCAGAGCUGUCAUAUCCAUGAUUCCAUUGAGCUUCAUGGUUAUUCAUCUGUCUUUCUGUGGCUCGAAUGUGGUUCCCCAUUCCUACUGUGAACACAUGGCUGUGGCUAACUUAGCAUGUUCUGACCCCAUGCCCAGCAAUCUCUACAGUUUAAUUUCUUCCUCCAUUAUUGUGGGUUCUGAUGUGUCUUUCAUUGCUGCUUCCUAUAUCUUAAUUCUCAGGUCAGUAUUUGGUCUCUCCUCAAAGAACGCUCAGUGGAAGGCACUAAGUACCUGUGGCUCACAUGUAGGGGUCAUGGCCCUAUAUUAUCUACCUGGAAUUGUGUCUGUGUAUGUAGCCUGGUUAGGGCAGGACACAGUGUCCUUACAUACCCAGGUUCUUUUAGCUGACUUAUACCUGAUCAUUCCACCCACCUUAAACCCCAUCAUUUAUGGUUUUAGGACCAAACAAAUUUGGGAAAGAAUAUGGAGUUUAUUAAUGCACUGCUUCUUUAAUCACUCAAAUCAAGGCUCAUAA